UACUGAAGCAUCGAGUGGGUUACAUCCUUUCCCUACAGCGGACCAGUGCAAGUUUCCUGCCUGCUCGGCACAGGAGAGCAAACUUCUACAGACAGACCAAGGCUUCCAUUUGCUGCUGACACAUGGAACUGAGGUGAAAUUGUGCUCCAUGAUUGUAUACGUUUCAUAACGUUCAAGAGACGAGACUCAGGUCAUCAAAAUGAAAGCCCUCAUCUUUGCAGCUGCUGGCCUCCUGCUUCUGUUGCCCACUUUUUGUCAGAGCGGCAUGGAAAAUGAUACAAACAACUUGGCAAAGCCAACUUUACAUAUUAAGACCUUUCGUGGAGCUCCCCCAGAUUCUUUUGAAGAGUUCCCCUUUUCUGCCUUAGAAGGCUGGACAGGAGCCACCAUUACUGUAAAAAUUAAGUGCCCUGAAGAAAGUGCUUCACAUCUCCAUGUGAAAAAUGCUACCAUGGGGUACCUGACCAGCUCCUUAAGUACCAAACUGAUACCUGCCAUCUACCUCCUGGUGUUUGUAGUUGGUGUCCCGGCCAACGCUGUAACCCUGUGGAUGCUUUUCUUCAGGACCAGAUCCAUCUGUACGACCGUAUUCUACACCAACCUGGCCAUUGCAGAUUUUCUUUUUUGUGUUACAUUGCCCUUUAAGAUAGCUUACCAUCUCAAUGGGAACAACUGGGUAUUUGGAGAGGUCCUGUGCCGGGCUACCACAGUCAUCUUCUAUGGCAACAUGUACUGCUCCAUUCUGCUCCUUGCCUGCAUCAGCAUCAAUCGCUACCUGGCCAUCGUCCAUCCUUUCACCUACCGGGGCCUGCCCAAGCACACCUAUGCCUUGGUAACAUGUGGACUGGUGUGGGCAACAGUUUUCUUAUAUAUGCUGCCAUUUUUCAUCCUGAAGCAGGAAUAUUAUCUUGUUCAGCCAGACAUCACCACCUGCCAUGAUGUUCACGACACAUGCGAGUCCUCGUCUCCCUUCCAACUCUACUACUUCAUCUCCUUGGCAUUCUUUGGAUUCUUAAUUCCAUUUGUGCUUAUCAUCUACUGCUACACCGCCAUCAUCCGGACACUUAGUGCAUAUGAUCAUAGAUGGCUGUGGUAUGUUAAGGCGAGUCUCCUCAUCCUUGUGAUUUUUACCAUUUGCUUUGCUCCAAGCAAUAUUAUACUUAUUAUUCACCAUGCUAACUACUACUACAACAACACUGAUGGCUUAUAUUUUAUAUAUCUCAUAGCUUUGUGCCUGGGCAGCCUUAAUAGUUGCUUAGACCCAUUCCUUUAUUUUCUCAUGUCAAAAAUCAGAAAUCACUCUACUGCUUACCUUACAAAAUAAAUAGUGAAAUCAUCUUAGAGAACAAGGACAGCCAUCACAGAGAAUGUCUGUUUUCACGGACAACACAUGCAUAGUGCAAGGAGCUCCAUUUCUGAGCUCCUAAGAAAUAUGCUUCAAAUGUCAAACAUUACAAAAGCAUUAGUUUUUUUUUUUUUUUUUGAGACUGAGUCUCACUUUAUCACCCAGACAGGCAUGCAGUGGCGCUAUCUUGGCUCACUGCAACCUCCGCCUCCCAGGUCAGCCUCCCAAGUAGCUGGGAUUACAUCACCACGCCCAGUUAAUUUUUGUAUUUUUAGUAAAGAUGGGGUUUCACCAUGUUGGCCAGGCUGGUCUUGAACUCCUGACCUCAAGUGAUCCGCCUGCCUCGGCCUCCCAAAGUGCUAGGAUUACAGGUGUGAGCCACUGAGCCAGUCAGCAUUAGUAAUUUUUAAAAAUACUUUAUCAGUAUUUAAAAAACGUUAAUGCAGGAGAAAAGAUAUCACAACUCUUUAUGGAAAAUGACAUUUCCAUUUGCCUUAUUGCUACUUCAAGCUCUUUAAAUCGCCAUCUUCCCUGUUUCUGUGAGUGGUAUUGCCAUCCUUGACAUUUGACAUCAUUUCUUAUUCUUUGGUCUCUUUUGACUCUCAUGCUGGUGGCUGCCUCAUCAACUGAUCCUAUCUUUGUAGGGUCCCUCACCAGGAUUCUUUAUUUAGUUUCACCUUUGCCUUCUUUUUUCUUUUCUUUAAUAGAGACGGGGUCUCGCUUCGUCA